GGCACAGCUCAGUUCCUUCCUAGCUACCAAGUGUUAAUGGAUCGUCUCUCUUGCUUUUGUCUCUUCCUUUUCCUUUCUUCUUUGCUGUUCUCUGCGGCUGUGUCCGUGUCUGUGUCUGAUGUAUCUUUCGAUGAAUCCGAGGAUUUGUUGAUCCAUCAAGUUGUGUCGGAUGGUGAUGAUCUCUUGAAUGCGGAAUACCAGUUUGCUGAAUUCAAGACAAAGUUCGGCAAAACCUACGCCACUGCAGAAGAGCACGACCAUCGCUUUAAUGUUUUCAAGGCUAAUUUACGCCGUGCUAAACGACACCAGUUACUUGAUCCUUCAGCUGAACAUGGCGUCACUCAGUUCUCUGAUUUAACUCCAAGGGAGUUUCGCCAGAACUAUCUUGGAUUAAAGCGUCUCCAGCUCCCUGCCGACGCACAAAAGGCUCCAAUCCUCCCAACGAAGGAUCUCCCUACUGAUUUCGAUUGGAGGGAUCAUGGUGCCGUAACGGCAGUUAAAGAUCAAGGUUAUUGUGGAUCAUGCUGGUCGUUCAGCACAAUUGGAGCCUUGGAAGGAGCACAUUUUCUUGCAACUGGAAAUCUUGUUAGUUUGAGUACGCAACAACUUCUGGAUUGUGACACUGAGUGUGAUCCAGAAGAAUAUGAUGCUUGUGAUGAUGGAUGCAACGGUGGGCUAAUGAACAAUGCAUUUGAGUACAUACUAAAGGCUGGGGGUGUUGCGCAGGAGGAGGACUACCCUUAUACUGGAACCGAUCGUGGUCUUUGCAGAUUUAACAAAACUAAAAUCGCUGCAUCUGUUGCUAACUUCAGUGUUGUUUCCCUUGACGAAGAUCAAAUUGCUGCAAAUUUGGUGAAGAAUGGCCCUCUUGCAGUGGGUAUCAAUGCAGUCUUCAUGCAAACAUACAAGAGCGGAGUUUCAUGCCCAUACAUUUGCUCAAGCACUUUGGAUCAUGGGGUUCUUUUGGUUGGAUAUGGUUCUGCUGGUUACUCUCCUAUUCGGUUCAAGGAAAAGCCUUACUGGAUCAUAAAGAACUCCUGGGGAGAAAGUUGGGGAGAACAAGGGUAUUACAAAAUUUGCAGGGGCCAUAAUAUAUGUGGAGUAGAUUCCAUGGUCUCAACUGUUGCAGCUAUUCACACCACCGCUUUGUAGAUUCUGAAGUGUUAAACAUUAUGUUGCUUCAUCACUUGUAGUUCAACUUAUAAGGACCAAUUGUAAACAUGGUCUAGUGGACUGCUUAUACAACAAGCUACUCUUCAUCCUAUAAAAAUGCUUUACAUAAGAAAUUGUCAUAGUUUUGAUGU